AUGGCAUUAAAAGAAUUGUAUUUAUUGUUGGUAGAUGAACCUGGACUUCUUGGACCAAAAAUACUUUUUGUUUGGAUGGGUUUGUCUAUGGCUAGAGACGAAAUACAAUGGUUACUUAGACAUUAUGAUGUUUGGCAACAAUUAUUAUUACAAUAUUCUCCUGCGAAUAAAAAAGCAAUUCAGAAAAGUGGUCAUCAAAAUAUUGUUGUUGACAAAUUUCUUCCAGAACUGCUUUAUUAUUUGACAGAAAUUCGAAAUUUAGUUUUAAAAAACUCUGAUUUAAUAUCUAGUUAUUAUAUUCAAUAUAUUGCUGGUUAUGAUGCUCCUUUACUCACAGAACUUUCUCAGCGUUUUAGUGGAGGAAGUGGAUUAUCAGAAUAUGAACAAUUGUUAAUUCAUUCUUGUAUUCAGGCAUUGGCUAAUAUUUCUGAUGGAAUAGACUCUCGUGGAGUUCAUUUAGAUUGGUUUCGUUUUCAAGCAUUAACAAGUAUUGGACGUUCGACCUUUAAACUUCAAGUUCAUGCCAAUUUUGCUGUUGCAAUGAAUACAGCACUUUUUCAUUUAAAGCAUAUUGGGAAUGGUUUGGAUGAAUUAUUAAGAGAAACUAGUGAUUUAAGUAUUUAUUGUUUCUACCCUCGUAUUUUCGAUUUACAUUUACGAAAUUGUUUGGAUUUUCCUCUACAAUCACGUUUUUCAAUUACGUUUGCUCACAUCUGUGCUCAUUUUAAUAGUCCAUUACAUGAACUAUGUCCUGAAGAGAAUGAUACGAUUAUUGAAAAAGAAAUUUCUCGUAAAAUUGUUGACAUAUUUUCAAAAGUAUGUGCUGAUGGACAACAGCUAGUUCUUAGCACGGAACCUAGAGCUUGUGCAAAUAUGUUUGCUUUAGAAUUUCAAGGAAAAAAUGAAAUGAAAAUGCCUGGGUUUGAAAGUAUUCGCCAAUCUGGCCAACCAAUAUCCUCAAAUGAUUCAAACAAUUUAUAUCUUGGAGAACUUUGUCAAGCUUUAGCAACAACAAAAGAAUUAAAUAUUUCUGGGCAUAUUUUUGUUCCUCGUGAAUUUCUUUUUCAUCAAUUAGAGAAAUAUUUAAAUACUUCUCUUUUGCGUUAUAUACAUUUAAACAAUGAGCAACAGCAGCAACAACCAUUAGAAUGUCCAAGAAGGCCUUCUGAAAUGUUAGCGUUUUUAAGUGCUCAAUUGAAUGCUUUACAACAUUUGGAUAUUUUUUACAAUUUUGACUUAACUCGCCUUUUUAACGAUACACUUUUACAACAAUCACAAAGGGAGGAUGCCCAAGGGAAUGAAACGCUUGCUGAAAUUUAUUCAAAAUGGUAUUUGGAGGUUUUACUUCGAAAAGCGAGCACUUGUCAUCUUCUUUACUCUGAACAUAUGCAAUCGUUUGUUAAUAAUCCAAGUUUAGAUACACCAGUUAACAACACUAAUUCGUCUACUCAACUUUUUCGAGCUGAAAGAUUUACUGAUCCUAGAGAACUUCGUUCUCUUUCACAAAUUAUUGGCCCAUUUGGAAUUAAAUUUAUGGAAGAAAAACUUGUUUGGCAUAUCGCAAGUCAAAUUACCGAACUUUUCAAAAUUGUGAGAGAACAUAAUGAACAAUUACAUAUUGCUCGUGUUAAUUAUGAUAAACCUGAAAAACUUAAAGAAAUUGUUACUUCCUUAAGUACUUCAUUAGACUCGCCUAGUGGAAGCGGUCACAAAAAUGAAAAACGUAGCACCAACACAACUCAUGGCAUUUCUCCAUUAGAUUCAAUGUUGCAAAGAGUUAUUAUAAUUGGUGAAAUUUGUGCUUUUCGAGAUAUGUUAUUUUCAGCAUUAAAUGAUGUUUUAAAACAAAGAGCGCCUUUUUUAAUUAAUUCAUUAUCUUCUUUAAUUAAUUCUCCUUUGGAUGAACUACAAAAAAUUAAUAUUGGAGAAGCUUGUGCUGCUUCUGGAUUUAAAUUAGAUGUUGAUUUAGCUUUGGCAAAUGCUAUUAAACAACAGGCUAAUACAAAUGGGUUGGAUGAUCCGAAUGAACAUUACAAAAUUUCCUGUCUACUUAUUGUUUUUAUUGCCAUUUCUUUGCCUCAUUUGGCACUCAAUCCCCAAUCUUGUUAUAAAGCGUCACUCUCCGUUACCAAAAAUAAUUCUCACACAAUCCCUCUUGCUGUAAAUACUAUUACUGGAGCAUUAUUUUUUCUACAUCAACGUGGAGAUACUGCUGAAAGAAUGCAUGAAUUUCUUGCGUAAAGGGAAUGGUGUUGUUUUGGCGAGGGUUGUUUUGGUAGAAAAUGUUUUCUU